AUGGGUGAUCGAAAUUUGGAACUACAAACCACACUAGUGCGCUACAAUAAUCCGGUGCUUGUGGUAAAGCAUGUGGAAAAACGAGACCCAGCAAGUGAUGUCGCACCACCGAAAGAACAAACUGGCCGUCCCGGAUCGGGCGGUGCCGUCGUAGUUGAUAGUCCGCGUGAAACAGAAGAAAUACUGAACUGCAUCCUGCCACCGAAAACAUGGGAAGAGGAUGGUCAACUUUGGACGCAAACUGUUUCCAGCACGCCCGCAACCCGUCAGGAUGUGAUCAAUCUGCAGGAAAUGUUGGACACGCGUUUGCAGCAAACACAGGCACGCGAAACGGGCAUAUGUCCGGUGAGGCGGGAACUGUACACCCAGUGCUUUGAUGAGUUGAUCCGCCAGGUUACGAUCAACUGUACCGAGCGUGGACUUUUACUGUUGCGUGUGCGGGACGAGAUUGCGAUGUCACUGGAAGCGUACGAAACGCUUUACUGUAGUUCGGUGUCGUUCGGCAUCCGGAAGGCGUUGCAGGCGCAGGAAGGUAAGGAGAAGCUGCAAGAACAAAUACAGCAGGUGGAACACGAGAAGGAGCUGCUGCUUAACUCGAUCAGCGACAUGAAGAUAAAGGCGGACCAGGCCGAGCGAAGGAAUGCGGAAUUGCGAGCGUCCGAGGAGAAGAAACAUUCGGAGGAAAUUGCCUUCCUGAAGAAAACGAACGCACAGCUCAAGGCCCAACUGGAAGGAAUUAUUGCACCGAAGAAGUGAACCCGGGGUGUGUCUGCCACAGCAAUGCCGACGCGCAUCGUGUGGACCAAACAAACCG